UAAUUGUGGGAAUGAUCCAGAAUUCAUUCGGAAACAGUCCAACGGUAAUCGUCUUCAAGCGAUUUCAACAUCUUGGAUUUAAAGUGGGCAAAAUGGACUUCUGGGGCCUCCGAAAUGGAAAUGGAAAUUUCACAAUUCUCACAAAAAUUCAUUUAGGGGAUACAAUGAUUCUAGACAUAUUAGGGAAUAACCCAAUCAUUUCGCGUCCUCUGAGCUCGGAAGGUUGCGACCGGAGUCCGGAGUUCAAGGUAAACGGUCUGAACCAACACCCGCAAGAUAUACCAAUGCUUUAUUGGCAAAUGCUUGCGAAUCAUUUUGCAAUGCCCAGGAGCAAAUUUCCAACAAUGGAAAACAUGCAGCGGAUGCCAUUACCUUAGUCGCCAACGCUAUUCAAGCGCAUGCCGAUGCUUUGAAACAAAAAAAUUAAAUCGACAAUAAACGUCUAAGUUAGAGUAUUACAAGUUGUUCGGGUCGUUUGAAAACUUUGACACUUUGUAACAUAUUACUUUAUAUAAUAAUUUAAUGUACUAAUAGUAAUAAUAAUUAUUAAUUUUAACAUAUUAAUUUAUGUAAUACAUUAAAUUGUAGUAUUUAUUGUAUUACUGUUUUUUUUUAUAAUUUACGAUCAAUUUUAUUUGAAUAAAUUAAACAUUAAACAUUCAUAAUUGUUGUAAUAAUCACGCAGAGUUAUUAAAGAUACAUAUAUUAAAGAUAGUAAUAUGUAACGACAGUGAAGUUUCUAACAAGAAAAAUUCUCAAUUAUUAGAGUAACUAC